UUUAGGUUACUUGAAUAAGACUUGACAUAACACAAUCCACUCAAUAAUGAACUGUACCAAUAAACUAAAAUAUAUGAUUGGCGUGUCAGGUGCUUAACUAGAAAUAAUUCAAAGUAAUGUAAAUAAUCCAUAGAAAUCAAUGUCAGUAAAAUUUAUGAGGGUUAAUUUCAAGAUUUCAAGGCUCAAGGACAUAUAUAACAAGUCAGUGAAACUAGGUAGCAAGUGAUAUUUAACCUCACUCAGGUUAUACUUUAUGGCUCUUUCUUGCUUAAGACUUUUUAACUUUUAAGUAGUACAAGUGAUUACUAGUUGGUAUUUUAACGAAUCAAAAUUACAAAAUAGCAAGCAAUUUAAACACUUUAACAGAGAGUAGCAAAUUAACAGUAUCAAGGAUUAGAAUUCAGAAUUAAGAGGCAAUGGAACAGGCAUUUCCAUCCAUGACUGCAGAAAUUAAUAAGUGCCUUGUGUGCGAACUUUGUUUGGAUGACAUUACCAAUCCUAAGGUAUUACCAUGCCAACACACUUUCUGCUUUAAGUGCAUAAAGGGCUUAGUGGAAUGUAAUACAGAGAGUAGACACAUUCCAUGUCCAUUGUGUCGUGAAAAAUGGGAAGUACCAAUCGAGGGGCCAGAUGGACUCAAAACAAACUUACUUAUGAAAAGAAUACUGAGUAUCAAAAAGAAACGCAAUGAAGGCUCUAAACCCAAGUCAGACAUGUGUGAGAAACACCCUGAUGGGCAAUUGAAAGUGUUUUGUAAAACAGACAAUAGCAUUUUGUGUUACGAAUGCUUAGCCAAAGAUCACCCUGGACAUACUUUCAUAGAUAUUGCAAAAGCUGCUGAACUGCAUGAAAAAGAACUAAGGAAUGAAACUGAAGCAUGUGUUAAGAUGCUUAGAAAAAAGGCUGAUAACUUGAGAGAGGAAAAAGAUUUAUUUAAAAAUGUACUUGCAGACAGGCUCAAAGUGGAAAAAGCAAUCGAAAAAGCAUUCAAUUCAAUAAUUGAAUGUAUUGCUAAGCAUCAAAAGAACUAUUCUUUCACAGAAGAAGAUGAAGAAGGUCUCCGCCUUUCAAUUGCUACUGAGGAGAGCAAGUUGAGCAGGCUUGAUACAAUAAAAGGAGCAAGUGGACAUGCUGAAAUGAUAAGAAUGUGUGAAACUCUGAAACGUGAAGGACUUCCAAAAUCCCAUUAUAUCCAGUUUACUGAAAUUAUCUCCCUACAGUAUAAACCAUCCGACAUAUCAAAAAGUCAUGUGGAAUUUGGAAAAUUGGUCCCAAGAAAGCCUUCCAGACAGGCUACAAGACAACUUGAAGAACUUUAUCCAAGACAGCUUUCUCCCGAAGAACUUGUUAUUGGACAAACUGAUCCCUAUAGAGAACUUCCAUCUGGAAAACUUGCUCCUGGAGAACAUUCUCAAAGACAACUUGAUCCUCCUGGAGAACUUCCUCAUGUAAGGAUUGCUCCCGAACAAUCUGACCUUCUUGGAGAGCUUACAACUCUUGUAGAACCUGCCAUUGAACUAAUUGGUCCUGGACAACUUCCUCCAAGAACACUUUCCUCUCCUGAAGAGAUUUCUCCACUCAGUGAACAUGCUCCUGAUCAGAUUGGUCGCGGACAACUUAUUUCUGGACACCUCGAUCCUGAACAAAUCACCCCUAAACUUGAUCCUUUUGAUCUCAGUGGUCCAAGACAAUUCAAAAAAUGUGAGGACACUGAUUCUGGGAAACCUCCAAAACAACUCUCUUCGCUUCAAUCCCUUGAAGAUAUUUCCCUUGGACAAAUUGCUGCUGGACAAGUUAGAACAAUGUUCAAAGAUGACUUGGAAAGCUUGGUCCUGCACAACCUAUCCUCAGACAAUGUUCAUAAAGACAACUUUCCAGUACAAUUAAGAAUCCCUGCUCCUCGACAACCACCUUCAAGACAACGUGCUCCAGAACAAUGUCCUACUGAACACCCUAGAAAAUAUUCUGAUAAUAAUGAGUGUGUGGCAAGAGUAACAAAUCAAAUUGAAAUGGCUCCAACAACAGCAAUAUAUGGAAAACUAUCCAAAGAGAGACUCUUACCUUUUGAAAAAGCUCUCAAUGAAAAUCAAGCCAAUAAGGCCAAUAGUUCAAGACCUCAGACUGUUGGUAAGUUAUGAUUUAAGGUAAGGUUAAGCUCUACUGUAUUAUAUAGGUUUCU